GACGGUUUUGUUUGAAGGCUUUCAACACCUGUCCUGCCUCGUUCGUCAAACAGAGCACAGUAAAAUUUUAGAAAUAUUUUUGGACAGCAAACAAUAGUAAGACGGAAUGGAGAGGAAACCCUUUCUGUUCAAACAGUAUGAUUUGGGUAUGGAGACCCUUUUCACAUUUGAGGACGAGCGAAUGGAUAAGAAAUCCCAUCCCAUCAACGGGGAAGCCGCCUAUCGGGACGCAGCUGGUAACACCCAUCCGGUCAUACGGCAGUUCAUCUUGCGCGGGGGCAUAGUCAACUAUUUGGGAAAGGUUCUGAUGCAGCGUUGGACGGAUUGGCACAAUCAUACCAUGCAGGAGGAUGCUGUCAAUCUGGGGGAAGAGGAGGAGUACCAGAAGAACCGGACUGCUGCCAAGGAGAACCUCCACAAGGUGGUUCUGGAGCUGCACACAAAGCUGGCAGAGGCGCAUCGUCACCUGAAGCGCGAGAUGAACGAUCUGUUCACCUAUGUGAUGGAUAAGCACGAGCUGUGGAACUGCAAGGAGUACUUCAAGGUCAAAACGGUUCUAGAGCUGGCCAACAAGAAUCUAAUCAAAUUUGCGCCCCCCAAAUUAGGGGAUUAGUGCCAACGCACGGACUUUCCUUUA